GUGUGGCGGUUCAACUUAGGGACGCUCUUUUUAAUCAGUAGUCUGGCUGAUAAUGGGAUUAAACAUAUAAACCCAAGUGUUGAAGUUUGCCUUCAGUCAUUAAAGUGAGCAAUGUGGCAAAGCGAGAUGGCGGGUUUUAGAAUGUUCCAGCGUUCUUGGUCCUCUCCUGAGAGGCUGGAUGGAAAAACUGCGAUCAUCACUGGUGCUAACAGUGGGAUUGGCAAAGAGACAGCCAUAGACCUGGCAAAGAGAGGGGCUCGGAUCAUCAUGGCGUGUCGGGACCUAGAGAGAGGACAGGCCGCCGUGCAGGAAGUCAUCGAGAGGUCCGACAACGACAAUGUGGUCUACAUGAAUCUUGAUUUGUCUGAUAGCAAGUCGAUCAGAGAGUUCGCUGAAGCUGUCAAUAAAGAUGAGCCACGACUGAACCUCCUCAUCAACAACGCUGGCGUGAUGUUUUCUGCCUACGGGAAGACGGUAGAUGGAUUUGAGUCACAGAUCGGCAUCAAUCACUUUGGUCACUUCCUGUUGACGUACCUGUUGAUUGACCUGAUGAAAAGAUCUGCACCAGGCAGGAUUGUCAUGGUUUCCUCCAUAGCUCACAGACUGGGCACCAUUAACCUCGACGACAUCAACAGCGAGAAGAGUUACGACAGGAAACUAGCGUACUCUCAGAGCAAGCUGGCCAAUGUCCUGUUCGCACGCACAUUGGCAAAGAAACUAGAGGGCACUGGUAUCACGACUUACUCCCUCCACCCUGGCAUUGUCCAGUCAGAAUUAUGGCGCCACACUAGCGCCCCAAUGCAGCUUCUCAUGAAGCUGGCCGGUCCAAUCAUUAAAACCGCACCGCAGGGUGCUCGGACAGUAAUUUACUGCGCCGUGGAGCCAUCGCUGGCUAAGCAGAGCGGUGGAUACUACAGCGACUGUGGUCCUACCAACCCAGCAGAAGCCGGCAAAGACGACGUCCUGGGGGAGAAGUUGUGGGAGCUGAGCUGCCAGAUGCUGUCGCUAACGUGGGAAUAAGGAAUAAAAAAAAUCACUCUACAACCUGCUGGAUAUCUGUACUGACUAAUGCAGUCAAUCUUGUUUGUUAGGAGAUAAUGUGAACUAUUUACAGGUAUCAUAUGAACCAAUUACAUGUAUGUAAACUUGAUUUACUGAUCAGAAUCUAGUCUACUUUUCUGUUUGUCUAAAAGCUUUAUGUUGGAUUUGGAUGUUCAGAGAAGAGUUUGUGUUAACUCAGAUAAAAUAUGGUCUCUAAUGAGUUAGACUACAAUGAUAUCUGUGUGGUAAAUGUCUAGAAUGUAUUUCUGUACCUGUAUUUUCUGACUAAAGAACCUAUUUUUACACUCCA